AUGUCUUCGUUCAAGCUCCUGGCCGCUCUCCUCCCAGCCCUCGCUGUCGCCUGCACUGGUCCCCCCGUCAACCAGAACGGUCUCAACCUGAUCAAGAGCUUUGAGUCAUUCCAACCCAGUGUUUACGAUGAUGGAUUUGGCAACCCGACCAUCGGUUAUGGUCACCUCUGUGGCGAUGCCACCUGCUCCGAGGUGACCUACCCCAAGCCAUUGUCCGAGGCAGAUGCCAGCGCGCUACUGGCCGGUGAUCUGGUCUCUUAUCAAGACGCCCUCACCAAUGCCCUGGCGGACCCCGUCACCUUGAAUGACAACCAAUACGCCGCCCUUGUUUCGUGGACAUACAACGUCGGCAAUGGCAACAUGCAGAAGUCCGUUCUUGUCGCCCGCAUGAACAAGGGCGAGGACGUGGCGGCUGUCGCGCAUGACGAACUGCCCCAGUGGAACAAGGCCAACGGACAAGUUGUCAACGGGCUUACUCGUCGCCGUAAUGCCGAGUUGGGCCUUUUCGAUGCCCCGGCUAUCUAUGGCGCUCUGCCUGUCCCUUGCUAA